AUGGGUUGUGGAGGCUCCCGGACAGAUGUGUUGGAGCCAAGAUAUAUGGAAAGCUGGACCAAAGAGACGGAGUCCACGUGGCUGACCAGCACGGACACGGACAUACCGCUGUCCUCCAUCCAAAGCAUUCCCUCAGAAAACUCUUCAGAAGUGGGCUUUCCUUCAGAGAAAACUGCCAACCUUGAUCUGUUUGAUGAUGGCCUGCCCUCUCCAGCUCAAGCCUAUCUGAAAGUUUGUUCAGCCAUGUCUGAGGUGGGCUUGAAUGACAUGAAAACAGGAAGCACCCCUGCCGUACUCUCUUCGCAAGAGCAGGAUGUGCUGUCCACGUCUGGUACCACAUUACAGAGAAGAAGUGUGCUGCGAACUGAAGAAAUUACCAAAUGGCAGGACAACAGGAUGUCCACCAAGCAGGUGACCAUCACUGUGACUCAAAGUAUCCGGAAGGUGGACAAGAGCGGAAAGAUCAAGGAAACAUCCCAAACCACAUAUGAGGUCAUGAAACCAGUGGACGGUCUAAAGGAUGCUGCCAUUGACUCAGUGCCUAAAUAAGAUGCUUUCUUGAGGAUUGUUCAUUUCAUUUGCCUGAAACAGAUUCUGUCAUGGAUUUCUCAAAGCCUUGGCAAAGAUAUUAUGGACCAAAGACGUUAAAAGCAGGGAUGACCUGAAUGAAGAAUUACAUCAGUGCUGUGAUCAGCAGUAUCAUUCAUCGGUCAAUGCAUUAUAAUCCUUAAGUUAAAGAUGACAUUAGAUUGUUUUAAUAAUGUCUACUUCUUCUAUGUUGUUGUCAUGUUGUGUCCCAUUUGUUUUUUGAUGCAUACAGGGUCUUAGUAAAUGUACAGCACACAUACUGUAUAUUGAAAGCACAAAACAAAGGCAAUCAGAGAUGCUGAUUAAUUUAAAAGUCUGUUCAUCGAUGUAUAACAUAUUUAUUUAAAUUGUUUGUGAAAAAUACAAACAACAAAG